ACGGUCGCUAGAUAACAUUUUCCCGAAAAAUAUCUCCUCCAGUCCUCCUCCUCUGUCGCAAUGGUGCGGCAGCCCACAUCGGUGCCACGGCCGGCCGCAAUUCCGCCUACCCCCCAACCAGCUCCCCGCGCGCCGUCCCUCCCCGUCACCGGCCUUGCCGAGGUCAGGGGACGGAAUGUACCCGGAUGGGCGUCGACGGGUGCGACGAGGAACUGGUUAGCCUCGAGCCUCGACCACGAUCGUGAAGCUCGGGAGAUCGGCUCAGUGAUGAAGCCGGAGUUUGCUGAGGCCGGGGUCGGAGUCGCGCUGGAGUCCCGGUGCCUGGCGCCAUGGCGGCGAGGACUUGAAAUGGCGCAACCAAAUCCACUGGGUUCGAACGAAGGUGACACUUUUUCUUAACCAUGGACUAACUGCAUAAUUGACAACCUAACCCUGAGGGGCCGAUCAGGCACAUGUGACUAAGUUUUCACAGGCACUCCACAUUCCCCUGGUUUUGCAUACAUCUCGAUGUCAGUCAGUUGAGAUUGUUUUUUAAUGCUUGAUUUAGAUCAAAAUCAGGAUGAAAUGUGAUACCAUAUUCAGUUGGUGUAAAUCUCGGAAAUAAAAGUGGAUAUGAUCCCACAGUUGUCAUAUAAAGAAUUUGUGGUGAUCUGUGGGAUAUCAAGAAUAACUGAA